AUGUUAUUAUCAUAUGGGUCUUCCUUCUUUCUCUUAGCAUUGGCUAUAGUUGGCAAUGCGGAUUCAUGUACGUGGGCCCAAGGAGAAGACCGAAACCCUGAGGGACUUCCCAUUUGCGAAAAAUGUGUUUCUCGGGAGGAUAUUUUGGCCCCUGGAAUCGGAUUCGAUAUUGCUGAUUCUUACGGGACAGCUGCAAUCCGGUAUUUCAAUGGCUCAACGGAGAAUUUGGCGAAGGUAGAUGGAGAUGAACAUUACCAAGCAUUCAUAGGAAAGCUUGCAGCGGGCCCUCCUUCACCAGACUGCUCCAUGCCUAAAAGCCUCUGGGAGAAAUUUCUCUGCUGGAGGCUAGGAGUGCAAAGGAAGCUGAAUAAAAGCCGGGGCCUCCCAGCUACACAUGACGUUGAAACCCUGGGAACCCUUUUUAAAACCCUCCGUCUGGCAGUCGACGACAAACUUGGCGAUGGUUCUUGUACUCGUGUGCUUUUUGCAUUCUUCCCAGUGCUUCCGGGCCUGACGUUUGAAGACUUCCAUGACGCAGUUGAGUACGCGGGCCUUUCGCACAUCGACUCCCCAUACGGUCAGGAUUACGUAUCAGAGGUUUCUGCCGCCGGCGCCGCAAUGGGCUACGGCAUCUGUCGCAACUUCACGGAUGUAUACGAUUGCCUGAACGAAGAGAAUUCGCUGCCGUGGAGCCAAAAGCUCUUUUUAAGUUUCACAGAUGCGUCAUUCACGGCAGUAAAUACAUAUUCCAGCAAUGCAUUUUACAUCCACUGGACGUCGAAACAGGUGCAUUUUGAUCUGGGCUGGGGUAGUUUUCCCGUCGACGCUGGCGAGGAUAUGCAAAGGGACUACUGGCAACGUCUUCGUGACACCAUUGUGCAGGUGGGUUUGGAAUGCGAGGAGUUACCGUCGACCCUGUUACUUGUUGGCGAGCAUGCGUCAAAUCCUGAAUUCCAAGAGACGCUCAAAGAGGCUCUACAGGACAUGUUUUCAAGCCACAAUGGCGAUGUAGAUAAUUUGAGGUUGACGUUGGAAAAGGACGAAGGCGCUCUUCGCCCUGCUUCCAUUGACUACGAAUUCCUUGUGGCCAGGGGAGCAGCGGUGUUUGCGAAACGAUCUUUGGAAGCUCUAAACUUUUGCUGGGAGCCUCCGGAGUGUGAUGAAGAUCGCGGCUCUCUAUUCUUGGACCUGCUCAAUAAGGGCUCUGCAGAGCAAGUUGUUCUGGAUGGGGCUUUGUGA